GUCUCACGCUAAUCACCUUUAAUUGAAUUGAUUAUAUACCAGUACGGAAAAACCAUCCAAUAAAAACGGUCAGCCUAUUUACAACUGCGCCGAUUACAUAGUUCAAUUUAAACUUUAAUCGUAAGUAAUGGUGGUAAUACCAAAUUAAAGUUGUUGACGUUAAAUUGAUGGCAUAUUGCAUAGUAUAGUGGAUAACCUUCACUCGGUUCAAGCUCAGUUUACCAAGUGCAGAGAUGUCAUAAUCUCGAUAUGCACAUAUAACAGAGAAACUGAUACAUAUCUAAUGAAUAUCUACUGAUAGAUAACGUAAUUUAAAACAUGUGUCGUGUCGUUCUGAUAUCUCUCCGUUAAAUCGAUGGCUGAAGUUUGUUUUAUGAAGGAGCAAUGAUUGAUUAAUUAACAAUUGAUUGACACUUCUGGGAGUGAGCCAUACAAAUUUAUUUUUGAAAUAUAAAUAGUUUUAAAUCGUCCAUGAUAUCAUUAUGGAGGUAGUGAAAGGUUUUGGGCGACUGUUUUACUUCAUCAGCCCAAAUGAAACGGCAGUUCCUCGCGUGGAAGAUCUUCCUCAUCCUGAUUACAUCGCUCAGGCUGUCCCCUACUUUCUGACCCUCGUAAUAUUAGAAUUUCUUAUCCAAUGGUGGAAGGGCAAGAGGAGAGCACGCCUCAACGAUGGGAUCACUUCACUAUCCCACGGAAUGUACCUCGGGUGCCAAGAGAUGCUAACUCGCGGCGUCCUUCAUUACGCAUACUGUAAAAUCUACGAAUCCUGGAUUAUUUACGAGCUCCCGUGGGACUCCCCUACAACCUGGUACGUUGCCGCACUGGCCACCGAUUUCGGGUAUUACUGGGUCCAUCGGGCCUCCCAUGAGGUUUCCUUUUUCUGGGCGAAACAUCAAGUCCACCACAGUUCAGAGGAGUACAACCUGACCACGGCGCUGCGACAGUCCGCCCUCCAGCACACGCUCGCCUGGCCGUUCUACUUGCCCAUGGCGUUCUUCGUGCCGCCCUCAAUCUUCCUCGUCCACCAACAGUUCAACACCAUGUUCCAAUUUUGGAUCCAUACCGAACUCGUCGACGACUUGGGACCUUUGGAGUGGGUCCUUAAUACUCCCAAGCAUCACAGAAUCCAUCACGGAAGUAAUCGGUACUGUUUGGACACCAACUAUGCUGGCGUGCUUAUCAUCUGGGACAGAAUGUUUGGAACAUUUGCAGCAGAAAAGAAGGGGGAAAGAAUUGUGUACGGUUUGGUGGGCCAGGUUCAAUCGUUUAAUCCGUUUUGGCUUCAGUUCUAUCACUAUCCAAAGAUCUGGGAGAAAAUGAAGCAAUUUGAUAACUGGAGUGAUAAGUUAUCCGCUGCACUCAAAGGGCCAGGUUGGACGAAGGGAAAACCAAGGUUGGGAGAUCCGAAUGACUGUCCAGAGGUACCCCUCCGAGAAAAGUAUGAUGUUCGAUUGCCAAUGUGGAAAAAUUAUUAUGCUGGAAUCCACUUCCUCAUAACGCUGGCAGGAUUUGAUUACUUGUCCCGACAUUUUUUGAAUUUUAGCCAAAUCACGGUUCUGGCAUCGGUUAUAUUCAUCCUCUUCUCUCUAACAAGUAUCGGACUCAUACUGGAAGAUCGUGGGAUUGGAGCUCUUUCCGAAAUUGGACGCUGCACUUUGGUCAUCUUAUUUGGAUCAAAUGUCGUCAUACAUCCCAUUCUGUCCAAGCUAAUUUACGGCGUCUUUGCACUUUCUAUCUGCAUUUGGAGUAUUCAAUUUACCCAACAGGAUCGCGUCAAUAUCAGUGUUGCUUCCAAGAAGCGUUCGUGAAUCAAUAAAUAAGACAAUCCAUACAUAUUUGCGUACUAUUCCAACUGCGACUUAGGUAGAGAUUGUCGUUUUGCACAAAAAUAUUUACUAGACUGCUCAAUAAUAAAGAUUGUUGAAGAUAAUUUACAAAUUA